AUGACCUUACCGGCGGACAACAGCAUGGUGGUCGCCUACAACCGAUCGCAUGGAAAUCAAACAACGGAGCUAAGUGCCCGCGCAAUGACCGACGGAGGCAUUCGCUGGCUCGACGAUGCUGGCGUUACCUCAGAGGUGAGCAGUCAUCGGAUUUCGCCUAUGAUGUGCCAGGAGACGGUCAACCAGGAAGAAAUGGCGGUAGCUAACUGA